UUUUUAUAUUUGAGAAAAAGGAGAACAGGACAUUUGUUGAUUAGGAAUAGAGAAAUUAAUACUAAUCCCUUAAGACGGAAUGUAUUAAACCGUUUAAUAGGAGGGGGCGAUAGAAAUUGUAUUUGGGAAUUAAGGAUGAGCGUAGAUGCAUUAGGAAGAUUGUGUGAGUUACUAAAAGUUCAAGGUGGAUUAAGAGAUGAAUGUCGUGUAAGUAUACCUGAACAAGUAAUUACGUUUUUAAUAAUACUAGCUCAUCAUAAAAAGAAUCGAACGCUUCAAGUUAGAUUUUAUAGGUCAGGAAAAACAAUAAGUAGGUAUUUCAACAAGGUGUUAUCCUUAGUCAUACGUGUCCAAAGUCUAUUGCUUGCAAAAGUUGUUCCUGUUCCAGAUGACUGCAUAGAUCCCAGAUGGAAAUGGUUCAAGGGUUGUCUAGGAGCAUUAGAUGGAACAUAUAUAGAUGUGACUGUCCCUGAAAAAGAUAAAUCAAGAUACCAAACAAGAAAAUGUAAGAUAUCAACUAAUGUCCUAGGCGUAUGCAAUCGAGAUAUGAACUUUGUGUAAGUACUUAGUGGAUGGGAAGGAUCCGCUUCGGAUUCAAGAAUCCUUAGAGAUGUCAUUUCACGUCGUAAUAACCUCAAGAUACCAAUUGGUAUGUAAGUAUUAAUUUUUAGGUAAUAAAAACAUUUCAAUGUUUUUAGCUCAUUCAAAUUCCAUAGUCCUCAUAAUGUAUCUCUUUCGAUUUAUAGAAAAUUAUUAUUUAGUAGA